UCCAUAACAGGAAGUGAAGAAUAAAAGAGGCACUGUUAUGAGGUUGUAAACCUUUGAUACUCCAUUUAAACAGCCACACAUUUCACGGAAAUUAGAACAAGAGGAUACUGCUUCUAAAAUGAGUUCUCCAUCUCCUGAAUCAAGUUGUGUGCCAUUAAAGAGUGAUCAGUCUUUGAUGAAUCAUAAUCUUGAAUUGAAUGAUAUAAUGGCCUCUGGUACCAGGAGACCGAGAUCAGAGUCUCCAGAACCCAGCUGUGUUUCUGUGAAGAGUAACGCAUCCAUGGUUCACCCAUUUCAAUUUAGUGAUGGACCAGUGACCUCUGACCUUCUGAAAGAGAUAUAUGAGCCAAGCCGAUAUUUUCCAUCCUCUACAUACCAUUAUCAGACUCAUAUCAGAGAGAAAAGAAGUAACGAAAUCCUGCAGACACAACUACUAGAGACUGGAGACCAGAAGACAGUCAAAGACCAGCACAAAAUCAACAUGAAAAAAAGGUAUGAAAAAUUAUUUGAAGGAAGCAAACUCCAAGAGAAGGAAACCCUCCUGAACAGGAUCUACACACAGCUCUACAUCAUAGAGGGAGAGAGAGAAGGAGUGAAUGAAGAACAUGAGGUUUUACAGAUGGAGAAAACAGCCAGAACAAAUCACUCACAAAACACUCAAAUCGACUGCAAUUACAUCUUUAAAGCCUCCGCUGAAGCAGAAUCUGAGGAGAAAAAGCAGAUCAAGACUGUUCUUACUAAAGGCAUCGCUGGAAUCGGAAAAACCGUCUCUGUGCAGAAGUUCAUUCUGGACUGGGCCGAGGGAAAAGCCAAUCAGGAUGUAGAUUUCAUGUUUGUGCUUCCAUUUCGAGAGCUGAACUUGAUCCGAGAUCAUCAGUACAGUCUUCACAGACUUCUCCUGGACUUUCAUCCUGAACUUCAAGAUCUGGACUCACAGAUUUAUGAGGAGUGUAAAGUUGUGUUCAUCUUUGAUGGUCUGGAUGAAAGCAGAAUCACACUGAUGUUUUCAGACGCUCAGAAAGUUUGUGAUGUGACUGAGACUUCAUCAGUGGGUGUAUUGAUGUCAAGCCUCAUCAAAGGAGAGCUGCUUCCCUCUGCUCUCAUCUGGAUCACCUCCAGACCAGCAGCAGCCAAUCAGAUCCCCUCCGAAUACAUCCACCGUCUGACAGAAAUUCAGGGAUUCACUGAGCCUCAGAAGGAGGAAUAUUUCAGGAAGAGAAUCAGUGAUGAGCAUCAAGCCAGCAGAAUCAUCUCACACAUCAGAAGAGCAAGAAGCCUCCACAUCAUGUGCCACAUCCCCGUCUUCUGCUGGAUCUCAUCCACUGUGCUACAGAAGAUCCUGGAAGAAGAUCUGAGAGCAGAAAUCCCUCAAACUCUGACUGAAAUGUACAUCCACUUCCUGCUGAUUCAGAUCAACAUGAGGAAGCAGAAGUAUGAAGAGAGAGAUUCAGAUAUACUCCUGCAGCCCAACAGAGAAGUGAUUGUGAAACUUGCUGAAGUGGCUUUCAAGCAGCUGAUGAAGGGCAAUGUGAUGUUCUAUGAGGAGGACCUGAUUGAGAGCGGCAUAGACGUCACUGAUGCCUCGGUGUAUUCUGGGAUUUGCACUAUGAUCUUUAAAGAGGAAUCUGUGAUUCAUCAGAGGAAAGUCUACAGCUUUAUUCAUCUGAGUGUUCAGGAGUUUCUUGCUGCUUUCCAUGUGUUUUACUACCACAUAAGUAGCACUACACUAGCAUGUUUUGAUUCACUGCACAAACUCCAUGAAAGAGUAGUGGACAAAGCCAUUGAGAUUGAGAAUGGACGUCUGGAUCUGUUCCUGCGGUUCCUGCUGGGCAUCUCUCUGGAAUCCAAUCAGAGACUCUUACAGGAUCUACUGACACAAACAGAGAACAGCUCAGAGAGCAUCAGAGAAAUCACACAGUACAUUAAAGAGAAGAUUAAAGAUGGACAUGGACUCUCCACUGAAAGAUCCAUCAAUCUGUUCCUCUGUCUGCUGGAAGUGAAAGAUCAGACUCUGUCCAGAGAGAUUCAGGAGUUUGUGAAAUCAGACAAACACACAGAGAAGAAACUAUCUCCUUCUCACUGCUCAACAAUCGCCUACAUGCUUCAGUUAUCAGAAGAGGUGUUGGAUGAGCUGGACCUUAAGAAAUAUAACACAUCAAAUGAGGGGAGAAGAAGACUGAUACCAGCUGUGAUCAACUGCAGAAAAGCUCUUCUCGCUGACUGUAAUCUCACUGCUCAGGAUUGUGAAAUUGUGUCAUUAUCCAUACAAUCCUCAAACUCUGCCCUGAGAGAGCUGGAUCUGAGUAACAAUGACUUAAAAGAUUCAGGAGUGAAGCUGCUCUCUGAUGGACUGAAGAGUCCCAACUGUCAGCUGCAAAUACUGAGGUUGUCAGGCUGUAUGGUGACAGAGGAAGGCUGUGGUUAUUUGUCUUCAGCUAUGAGGUCUAACCCCUCACACCUGAGAGAGCUGGAUCUGAGCUAUAAUCACCCAGGGCAAUCAGGAGUCCAGCUGCUCAAACACAAACUGCAGGAUCCAGACUACAAACUGCAGAUACUUAAUUUGGACCAUGGAGGACAUUUCAGGGUCAGACCAGGACUGAGAAAAUAUGCCUGUGAUCUCACACUGAAUCCAAACACAGCACAUACUCAACUCAUCCUGUCUGAAGAUAAAAAAGAAAUAAAGUGUGGAAAAGAUCAUCAGCCAUAUCCUGACCACCAAGACAGAUUUAAGCUUUAUGAACAGGUGCUGUGUGUUGAGAGUCUGGCAGGACGCUGUUACUGGGUGGCUGAAUGGGAAGGGUCAGGUCAUAUAGCAGUGACAUAUAAGGGAAUCAACAGGAAAGAAGGGAGUGACUGUCGGUUUGGACGCAAUGAAAUGUCCUGGAGUCUCUUCUUUUGUGAUAAAAUGUAUACUUUUUGGAACAAUAAUAAGACCACGGACAUUCCUACCCUUUUGCCCUCCUCUAAUAAAAUAGGAGUGUAUCUGGACUGGUCAGCCGGCACUUUGUCCUUCUACAGUGUUUCUGACACACACACACUCACACACUUACACACAUUCAAAACCACAUUCACUGAACCUGUCCAUGCUGGAUUUACAGUUUAUCCUGAUUCAUUAGUGUCUCUGAGUCAGAUGAACAACAGAGUCUCAUUUUAAAACCCAUUUCCAUCUUGUAAGAAAUAUAGAUUGCAUACAAACAAAAUCACAAAUAAUUACAAAUAUUACAAACACCAGUCCAGAGUGCUUUCAGCAUAUUGUUGCAUAUUUAUUGCAUUUUAACAUGAGCAGUGUUUGGGAGUAACACAUUACUUAGUAGCACGUUAUUGUAAUUUGAUUACUUUUUAGUAACAUUGUAGACAUUGCUGACAGAAUGCAGUGUUUUACAAUCUAGGGAUUGUAAAAAGGAUGUACAGUAGCACACACACUGUCAAGUCAAGUGCCAUUGGAUUAGAGACCUAAUUAUGCAUAUGUUGAUUGUGUUAUAAGAGAGUUUUGUGAGAUUGCGAUGAACUGAGAUGUCUUUUAGAGAUUAUAAAUGCAGCUCUCUUUGCUAACAUUCUGCCAAACUAUGCACACAGAAGCCACUUGCUUUAGUUAAAAAUAACAUUUGUUAUUAAAGCAUCAACAUUCACAGAACACUAUUUUUUUAGGAGCCUGUAUGAUGGGAGUAAUCAGUUAUCAGUAAUUUGAUUACAUUUUCAUGAUGCAAAACUUUCACUUCUGAUAGUUGAAUGUUGCUGGAAAUUGCAGAAUAUCACAGUGUAAACAGAUAUAUAAGAAAAUGUUUGGGCCUUUAAUUAAUGUUGCUGAUUAAUGUUACGGAAUCACCUGCCUCACCAGCCAAAGCAACCUCCUAAACCUGCCAACCACACCAAUCAAAAACACACUUACCACAGUUGCUUGUUGGCUGGUCUCAAGGUUACAAGCUUCUUAGCAGGUCCUUUGCCUACCUGUAAGUCAGUCCUGCCAUCCUCUGCUAUCAGUCAAAGGAUUAGAAGCUUUAGCUCAGAUAAGACUGUUUUCUCUUCUUUCUUUGAUCACCUCAUUUUUGAUUCUCCUAUGUUGGAAGCUUAUUCUCAGUUCCCUUAAUACAUUGACCUGCUUGUUUGAAUUUGUGUGUUUGUUUCCUUGACCAGCUGUAACAAUUGUGACCAACCUCAAAUUCAAAGUGUGGAGUCUGAAGUCACUCUUUGUGUGUUUGAGGAAAAGCAACAGACAUUCAUAAUACCAUAAUGAAUGCACAGACACUAUUUAAACUGAACAGAGAUGACAUCACUGAAUUCAAUGAUGAACUGCCUUUAAAUGUCGUUUUGCAUUAUUGACACAAUGUUUUCCUAAUGAAUGUUGUUCAGUUACUUUGACGCAAUGU